CCUGUCCGUCAAACCUGACCUCGCUUAGUGUCACUCUUCCUCGUGUAGAAUUGACUAUACAAUGACACUCUAAACAAAGGAUAUAGGAAUAGGAAAAUAACGUGUAAAACCCGCCAAGCCGCUUUAAUUUGGUUCAAUAUCGGGCAAUCCUGGCGUUUUAUUGAGCUUCAUGACAAAAAAAAACUUUCAAUAGAUCUUCUUACGGUCUGAAUCGGAUCUCCUUGGCAACACAGAAGUGUGGUGCGAAGUUCGGACAAACGGUUACUUUCACCGCAGUUACUUUUACGAUGUUUCGGGAACCGCUUCAGACCACAGUUUGUGAGCUGAAGCAGUGACGACCGAUGAGGACCGGUGCAGUGAGGACCAGUAAGGACCAGUGAGGAACGUGUGGAAGCAUUGUUCUGUAGACAAUCAACAUGGAUCUGACUUUAUCAGAGUUGUUGGUCCAAUUCAUGGAGUCGCCGUUGGUGGUGUGGAUCCAGACGUUGGGUCCGUUGGGUUCCCCAGACGGGGUUAGCUCGGAGGAGCGGGUCAACCUGUUCAUGGAGUUGGUGGACGGCGUCUUUCUACACAAGAUCAUGACCCAGAUUGACCCUAGCCCAACCAAUCAGCGCCUGAAUAAGAACGUGAACAAUGAUGUGUCCCUUCGUCUCUACAACCUGACGGUGCUCACCAGACAGAUCCGCAGUUAUUACCAGGAGACUUUACGGCAGUUAAUAGUCAUGACGCUUCCUGAUGUCCUCUGUAUUGCCAAGGACCCGCUGUCAGCCAAGAGCAUGGAGGAGAUGAAGAGAAUGCUACUGCUUAUUCUGGGAUGUGCUGUCCAGUGCGAGCGCAAGGAGGAGAUGAUUGAGAAGAUAAAGCUGUUGGACAUCCAGACCCAGGCUGCUAUCGUCUCUCACAUCCAAGAGGUGACCCAUAACCAGCUGAAUGUUCUGGACUUGUCCUGGCUGGAAGAAGGGGCAGAGUUGACCCCGGAUGACCUCGAUCCUCUCUCCCGCAACAUGGCUGUUUCGCUCCGGCAACUGAUUGAGCAACGGGAGAAGGCUAACGAGGUCAUUCUGGACCUGACUCAGGAGCGGGACUUCCUGAGUAGCCAGCAGCCCCGGGACGGGUACAGGUCUUUGGGUGUGCACAGCCCAGAACAGAGGCUUCACUCUGGUGGGCUGGUGGGGGCCAAUGGGGGCCCAGUGAUGUCGGGCCCCGAGCACACCAAAGAAGAGAAGCACCAUCUUUCAGUGGAGUUAGCCGACAACAAGGCUAAGCUGCGCAGAUUCAGGCAGGAGCUUGAGGAGAAGACGGAGCAGCUGAUGGACUCCAAACACGAGGCAGAGCGUCUGAACCAGGAGCUCCAGAGACUGAGACAGGAGAACCAGUCUCUGUCCACGGAGGCGCGCUUCGUGCGGGCGUACCAGGAUGAGAUGGACUCUAUGAAGGAGCGGGCGGCCCGCGUUGACCGGCUGGAGGCGGAGCUGACCCGCUGCAAGGAGAAACUCAACGACGUGCACUUCUACAAGAGCAGGGUGGAGGAGCUUCGUGGGGACAACCUGACUCUGAUGGAGACCAAGGUGUUGCUGGAGGACCAGCUGUCGGCCUCCAGGGGGCGAUGUGAAAAACUCCAUGCAGUAGAGAAGGACAACCUGCUGAUGCGGGCCAAGAUCCAUGACGUUGAAAUGGAGCGGGACAGUGAGCGGCGCCGGCUGGAGGAGCUGGUGGAGGAAAACAUGCUGUUGGAGAUCGGACAGAAACAGAGCAUGAAUGAGUCGGCCCAUCUGGGCUGGGAGCUGGAGCAACUGGCAAAGAACCACGACAACACUGAGACCCGUAAGUCUCUGAUACAUGAGCUGAACGAGGGGGUGUCUAGUCGGCUGCUGAAGCUAGAGAAGGAGAACCGUGAGCUGCAGGACUCCAUCGAGAAGCUCCGCGAGGAGAAGAACCAGCUGCAGGGGCAGCUGCUCUCAACCCAGGAGCUGGAGAGAGAGAAUCAGGGCCUGGGCAAAAAGCUGGAGAGUCUACAGGGCAUGGUGGACCAGGAGAGGCUGACCAAUCAGGAUAUGGAGUCCUUGGGGGAGGAGCUUCUGAAGGAGAAACAGACUCUGGAGAGAGAGCUUCAAGUCCUGAGGGCAGAGAAAGACAGACAGAUGUCCGAGCUGGAGCACGAGCGGCAGCACCUGUCCGAGGCGGUGACCUCACUGCGGGAGCGGGCACAGGCCAACAGUGAGGCAUGCGUCCGUGAGGUGGAGGCGGAGAAUCGGCAGCUGCAUCAGGCCUUGACCGACGUAGGCAGCCAAUUGGCCAGCCUGGAGAGCCAGCUGAAGUUGGCCAAUGAGGAGGCGGUCUGUCUGCAGGAGAAGGCCAGACGUUGCGAGGAAGUGGAGCGGGAGGCGGUGCGACUGGAGCAGUGCCGAGACGGGCUGAACAGAGAGCUGGCCUCCCUGCUCUCCUCCAAAGAGCGUGCCGAGGCCCUGGAGAAGGAGGUGGCCUCCCUGGAGCAGGAGUCCCGGCGGCUGAAGCGGGAGGCGGAGGAGGUGGCGAGGCUGGGGGCUCAGCGCACUGUCCGGCGCGAGGAGGAGAGCCGCCUUCUGGCCCAGGAGAACAGGGAGCUGCGACGCUCCUCGGAGGGCUUGCGCUCGGCAGCGGCGCGGCUGGCCGCGCUGCAGGAGGAGCACAGCCGCGUGCAGCAGGAGCAUGAGGAGCUGGCGGGGCGGCUGGAGGAGGCUCGCGAGGAGUCGCGAGUCGAGCGCCGACAAGCCGAGCAGACAGCGGCCGCGCUGUCGCAAGAGAAGCGUCGGCUGGAAGAGGCGCUGGAGCGCACCCAAGACGAGAAGGAGGAGGCGGAGAGGACGCGGCAGGAGGAGAGAGAGGCGAGGCGGCGUGAGGCUGGCGAGCUUCGGGAGGAGAGGAGAAGGAGGGAAGAGGCGGAGGAGGAGCGGAGGAGGAUCGUGACAGACCUAGAGCAGUCGGAGAAGGAGCGCAAGGGGAUGGAGAAGGAGACAUGGCGGCUCCGCAAUCAGCUGGAGGCCAAGGAGGCGGAGCUGGAGGAAAAGGAGGCGUGUCUGACCAAGGCCAGGAAGGAAAGCGGGGCGCAGGGGAAGGAGCUGGAGCGGUUGAAAGAAGCCUCGGUCAGGGUGAAGGAGCUGGAGAGGGACAGCAAGGAGCUCCAGAAGCAGGCCACUAUCGACCUGAGGACCCUGGCGACGCUCCGAGAGGAGCUGGUUUCUGAAAAGCUGAAUGGUCAGCAGCAGAACCUGGAGUUGGAGAGCCUGAACCAGGAGCUGGAGAAGGUUGGACUGAACCGGGAGAGACUUCUGCAGCAGGAACACAGCCUGGAGGACAGUAAGUACAGACUGUUGGAGUCCCGUCUGGAGGAGACUGUGCAGCAGACCAUGAAGCUCAAAGAGCAGAAGAUCUCCAGUUUGAAGCAGAAACUGCAGGAGAGCAACACACUCAACACCACCCUGCGGUCCGAGCUUACCUCUACUCGCCAGACGGUGUCGUCUCUUCGGCAAGAGAAAGAAGAGAACUGCAACCAGAACUUACUGCCGCGGACCGUAGGCCAAUCUCAGAUUCAGGUGUCGGCCACAGCCGAACUGCUGCGGGUGAAAGACCACCUUAUUGAUCUGGAGAAGAACAACUCCUCCUUGCAGACGGAGAGCAGCCUCCUGAAGGAGCAGCUGAAGCAGCUGGACAACCAGAAUAGCUCCCUCAACAGUCAGAUGGCCGCCCAGCAGAGACACACCGUCUUACUGCAGGAGCAGAACACCAGCCUGCACACACAGACGGCCAGACUACAGGUGGAGAACUCCACGCUCUCCUCACAGAGUGCCUCCCUCAUGGCCCAGAAUGCAGUGCUUCAGGGGCAGGUGGUGGCCCUGGAGACAGAGGUGGAGUCGUGGCACCGUCAGCGCGACGAAGCGUGGCAGGGCCGUGAGAACGUGCUGAGUGACCACGAGCGUCUGCUCAACGUCCACGAGCGGCAGGCACACGAGUACGAGCAGCUCAUCAGCCAGCACGCCUCCCUGAAGGUCAAGCAGAGGGCACUGGAGGGCGAGCACAGGGCGCUGCACAACAAGUACUGUUCCUUACUGCAGCACAAAGAGAAGUGGGAGGCACAAGAGGGGCGUGGCCAGAAAGAGAAGGAAGAGCUAAACCAGGAGGUGGAAAAUAAUCGGCUCCUGCAGCAAGAGAGUCUGCAACUUAAGGCAGAAGUAGACCGAAUGACACAAAGCCAAUCACAGCAUAAUGCGGAGAUUGAGGGGCUGCAGCACCGAAACAAUGAGCUGAAGAGCUUGCUAAGCUCCGCCAAAACAGAAACAAGCCAAUGUAUGAAGCAAUAUGAUUCGCUGAUGGAGCAGCACCGAGUUGUGGACCUAUCGAAGGUCAAGCUGGAUAACCAUUGUGAGCUGCUGAGUCGACUGAAGGGGAACCUGGAGGAGGAGAAUCACCACCUACUGAGCCAGAUCAGCCUGCUGAGCCAGCAGAACCACGCCCUGCUGGAGAGGAGCAUGGAGAGCAAGGAGCUGUACCACGCCGAGCAGAAGCUCUACAUUGAUAAGCUGAAUGCUCUGCGGCGCCACAAGGAGAAGCUGGAGGAGAAGAUUAUGGACCAGUACAAGUUCCACGACCCAACGCCUAAAAAGAGGAGCCACUGGUCGGGGGCCAAGGCGCUGGCUAAGCUCAUCAAACCACGGAAGGAGAGCGGCAGCAGGGACAAGGAUGAAGACUGGGAGAGGGCAAGGAGCGCCCCAGACAUCCCCCUGCCCUCGCCACCGCCCCUGCUCCUGCCCAACGACGACCACCCGCCACCGCUCCCCCCGCGGAUGGGAAGUGACACGCCAGACAAUGGCAGCCAAGUCUUCAAUCAGCACAGCAGUCCCGUUCUCAUGUCGCCAGCACUCACACCGGGCGGCCGAGGUUUGAGUGACAGGGGACGAGGCUUAUACCGUAAUAGUACACCAGGGGGCAGCAAUGAGAAUGUAACUGAAGAAGAGGGACAAGGACAGCAAGCUCUCAGUUGUACUCCCAGCCAACCGGCCCUGGGCCUGGGGGGUAACUCUAGCUCCAGGCUGGCACAAGGAGCUGGGUGCAGGCCCAGAGGUUUGGUUUUCAAUGAGGACUUGCAUCUCAAUUCCCCAGACUCCAUUUUGGGUCACCGUGGCCACCUGAAUGGUCGUCCAGGAUCGAUUGACUUGAGCCACAACACCUCCGGCUCCAACUCCCCAGUCUACUAUAGGGAGACCUCAGAUCGCCAUUGUCGCUCUUCCAGCCUCUCUAGCGACGAUGUCAUGGCUCUGAGUAAAUCACAGCCCUCCCUGUCGCGUAGCUCCACCCUCCCUUAUGACCACACCCCUCAGAGAGCUCAGCCACAGCGGGGGACCUCCGGCUUCCGGGCAAAGCCUCCCCGCUCCUCCUCUCCAGGAAGUGAGAUGGUGUCCCUGGAACAGUUUCUACAAGAGAGCAACAUACAGUCCCCUCCGACGGUCUCCACCGGCAGCAAGGAAGAUUUGAUGGCCGACUAUUUCACCAGAAGUCCCGCCCUCUCGGCCCCGGCUGAGCGGGAACAGGCCCUUCCCACCCAUUAUGUCACACCCACCGUCCAGCCGGGCAAUCAGAGGCCAGGCCAGAACGUUAAGCCUUUUCCCCGCCUCCCUGUAGGUCAAACUCCCAGCCAAUCACCGAGCAGGGCCUACAGCCAAUCACCGAGCAGGGCCUACAGCCUGGCCUCGGCCGACCUGCUCCGUUCCAACGGAGCGGACGUCUACCGUGCAGACGACAGCCCCCUAGGCCAACCGGAGGUCCUGCUCAGAAGACCAGGGGGGCCGACCAACGGCAGCCAACGUCCACUUUCUGCAUGCGUCGCCGGUUCAGGUAGCUUACCGGGAGAGGGAGGGUGUCCGACGGCUCCUCUCCACCACUCAUCCUCUUUCAAUCUGCAAACGGAGAGGUACGCAGAAAGAGAGAGAGAGAGGGAGAGAGAAGGAGUUCCAACCUCCAUCUCUACCACUUCGCUCUCCUAUCACCAUCGAGGAGAGGUUGCCAUGGUGUCGCCGGUGAGGGCGGUCCAAGCACCACGCUCUGAUGACGAGCCCGAGCAGAGGGAGGGGCUGAGGGAGGGGCGGGCCGCUGACUCCUCCCACAACGAUAAAGGCGGUGAGAUAGCACGGUGUGCUUCUGCCGAACGUCUCGAUAGCAAACCAGCCUCCCCGGACCCCAACAACGACCCCCAGACCGUUUGGUACGAGUACGGCUGUGUCUAAAUCCUGGACUCAACUUGGAUGGUGUGCUGAUCUUGUUGAGUUCUUGUCUUUAGCUGGGGGGGUACCCUGCUACAACCCUACUGGCUUGGCUCUGUACGGGCUACUUAAACAACACCCUGCUACAACCCUACUGGCUGGGCUCUGUGUGGGCUACUUAAACAAUACCCUGCUACAACCCUACUGGCUGGGCUUUAUACGGGCUCUUUAAACAGCUUACCCCUGCAUACAGAAAACUGCACCUGGAUAUUGUCAUUGUACCGAACCGUACUGAAGAUUCAAUGAGCUCAUCAAAAUGCAUUAUUUUAUUAUAUAUCUGGAGUUCUUCAACAUUCAGCUAUUGUUGAACCUGGAGGUGUAAGGAUGAUUAUAUAUUGGCCCUUCCUUCAGACACUCUGACCCUACAUGACUCAUUCCACAUGGCACAAUACGCCUACUAAAAUGCUGAAUGGCAUACCGGAGUCCGUUUUGGUAACGCCGACGUGAACUUCCAACUGGAUACUUGCUACUGACUUCUUGGGCUCGGUCGGCCAUCCACAACGAUCCACUGCUGGACUUCAUUCCCUACUCACUCUCGUCUUUGGAGAGAGCAGAUACAAGGAAACCACCGUAGAGGAUGCGCUGGCUUGAUUGUUCUCAGUGCUUGAUGUAUCCUGACCUUACUUUCCAAGUUGAACUAAAGCUACCAUUAUAUACGCUGUGUGGACGUGUGCUCGCGACCAAAGAUUUGCCAUCUUAAUGAACAGAAAGGAGGGGGAACUUUUAAGAAAUAUGCAACUAGAGGAAACUCUUGUAAUUUUGAGCUCCCCUCUGAAGGCGAAAACCAAUGAUGUGGUUAUUGGUUUACAAACUAGAGUUUGGUGGUUUCACUGUGAAAACCACCACCAUUUUCCAUCCCAGUGUAACACUGGCUCAACACCUCUAAAACACAACAUAGCAGGUUGCAGUUCAGUUUGGUUUGAGGUUUUCAUUGUCAGGCCGCUAAUGGGUAGUUGGAUAAAAAUUGACAUGACAUUUUCUCAUCCUGUGCGUUUGAUGCUAAUAACACAACUAGAAGAUGGAAAGGGUCUGGCCAGAGAGAGAGGGAUAUGCAGGAAGUUAUGAGAGAGGAGGAUACUUGGGUACAAAAUUGGGAAGAUGACAGAUGGAGGAGGAUACUGGGAUACAAAGGGAGAGGUGACAAACGAAGGAGGAUACUGGGAUACAACAAGGGGGAAGAAGACAAGACGGAGGAGGCAGGGAGACGGAGGACUGCGGGAGAGGGAACAUACAAGAUUAAUUACAAUCUUAUAUGUUCCCUCUACUGUCUGUCUGUACUCCAUCUUUAUGACCUAUCGACACUGACUAAUACCACUUACCCUACCCUUAUGUAUAACACGGUGCCUUACAGUACAAACAAACACAUCGUUCUUCAUAUGUCAAGCACCAUCUUGGGAAAUGUGUGGCUUGACUAAUGCUUGAUGGACAACCCCCACACACCGUUUUGAACUCCGUAACAUCACUAGGUCGUUUCACUGUAUUGGUGGCUAUAGAGAAGGUUAUAAGAGGGAUGCAUUUACACAUAUAGGCUGAGAACUGAGUGUGAAGUGUUUUGUUUUAACGGCAAUCAAAUAACAUUAACUACAAACUACAGCGGAACCACAGGGAGAACUCAUGAUUAUGACCAACAUAAUCCACUGGGCACCAAUUCAAGAAGCUGCAUUUCCACACGAUUCUUUUGUUUUGAGUCAUUUGAUGUGGUGGGUUAUCUGGUUCAACUAGGAAUGCUCCGAUUCCUAAAGAGAGGUCAGAUUAUCAAUAAGGUUGUUGAUGAACUUUCAAUGGCCUUAAUGUUCCUUUGGGUGUGCUACAAAUGAACUGUGAAACUCGCAUGAAACCACACCCAAUAUGUCCUGAUGAACUGGACUAUCAGGAAAUGUACACUGGAGUACUUUUGAUCUGAUUAAGCUUUAGCUGCAAGUAAUAAAAAAAUAUUCAUAUUAUUAAAGUAGUCAAAGCAUUUAUGUUAAGGUACAUUACCUUAUGCAAAUAUCAACCAAUAUUUUGUUUAUGAAAAAAAGCUGAGGGUAUUUUUGUUUGUGUUGUCCGAUUAUUUGUACCACUGGGAAUGUUAACAGUAGUACAAAUUUGUAAGAAUGUACAGUACUUUAAUACAAUUAAAUAAAGAUACAGUUGAGUAUCAUGCUAAAUCUCGUUUAAGAUCCCACUGUUUGUAAAAAGAAAAUUUCAUACUUUUGUGUACUUUACAAAUACUAAUUCACAUUUUCUCAGCUCGUAAACUGGCCCAUGAAAAACACAUGCGUGAUGAAAUGGUGGUGCGCGACUUGCCUGUCAGUCUAACCUGCUAUACAUGAAUGUGUGAAGCCUAAGGAUUGUUGUUGUUCUUCUCCCAUUUUGCACUUGGACCAAGAAAAAGGUCCAGCCGGGGAAUACAGUGAUGACCCCCGAAGUGGGACUGUGUGUGUGUGCGAGUGAUUUUGUGGCGUGAAUAAAAUGUUUGAGACUUUAUGCAA